AUGGGGAGCCGCAGCCUCCUGGCCGCCCUCCUGGCCGCUGCCCUCACCGCCCUCCUGCCGCUUCCCGCCGCCUCUUCGGCCCACCGCAAGCUCCUGGUGUUUCUGCUCGACGGCUUUCGCUUCGACUACAUUGAUGACAGCGAGCUGGAGGGUCUGCCGGGCUUUCGGGACAUUGUGAACAUGGGGGUGAAGGUGGAUUACAUGACCCCAGACUUCCCCAGCCUCUCUUACCCAAAUUACUACACACUGAUGACGGGUCGCCACUGCGAGGUCCAUCAGAUGACUGGAAACUACAUGUGGGACCAGAAGGCAAAUGUAUCAUUUGAUAUUGGUGUGAAUAAAGAAAGCCUGCUGCCUCUCUGGUGGAAUGGAUCAGAGCCUUUGUGGGUCACAAUGAUGAAAGCUAAAAAGAACGUUUCCAUGUACUACUGGCCAGGUUGCGAGGUGGAAAUCCUUGGAGUCAGACCAAGUUACUGCCGCGAGUACUUCAGUGUCCCAACAGACAAAAACUUUGCAGAUGCCAUCAGCGAUGCCCUCGAGUCUCUGUGCAACAACAGUGCCGAGAUGGCCGCAGUGUACUACGAGCGCAUCGAUGUGGAGGGCCACCACUACGGCCCUUCGUCCCAGCAGCGCAAGAACGCUUUGAAGGAAGUGGACAAAGCCUUGAGCAACAUGAUCUCACUCAUCAAGAGCAAAGGCCUUCAGAAUGAUAUCAACGUCCUCCUCUUCUCUGAUCAUGGCAUGACAGACAUCUCUUGGGCAAAUAAAGUGAUUGAGCUGAAAAACUAUAUCAAUAUGAGUGAUACCAUACAAAUGAAAGACCGAGGUCCUGUUGUGAGCCUCUGGCCAGUUCCAGAGAAGCAUGCAGAGAUAUAUCAAAAGUUGAAAGCUGUGGAACACAUGGAUGUUUAUAACAUACAGGAUAUUCCAAACAGGUUUUUCUACAAAAAAGGAAAAUUUGUGUCUCCACUAACUCUCGUGGCUGAAGAAGGAUGGUUCAUAGUAGAGAGCAGGGACAAGCUGCCCUACUGGGAGAACGGGACGGGGAGGAAGGAGGCCUGGCAGAAUGGCUGGCAUGGCUACGACAACGAGCUCAUGGACAUGAGAGGAUUCUUCCUUGCAUAUGGCCCAGAUUUCCGAUCCAACUACCGAGCGCCUCCCAUCAGAUCUGUGGAUGUUUACAACAUCAUGUGCAGCCUGGCAGGAGUACAGCCACUGCCCAACAAUGGCUCCUGGUCCAGGGUGGAGUGCAUGCUCCGAAACACAGCCCCCUUGGCACCACUCCCCCCGCGCAGCAGCUGUGUCCUGGCACUAGCUCUGCUCUCCCUGUUCUCCAGGCAGAUCUCCUUCCUGUGA